AUGCAGGGCCAAUGGUGCUACGACGGUCCCGAUACCCGUGGAACACGCCCGACGGGCGUCUGGACGAGCGUUCCCGUCGAAGGGGGCGGUGCACACCUGUCCUCCGUCGCUCCAUCCGGCUACACGGGCACAGAGGCGUCGUUUAGUGGGACAGGGUACCGAGCAGGACAAUCAGAGACGCCCGUCAUGCCGGUAUCGCAGUUUAGCGCUCUUCCCGGACCCCAUCCCGCAUCCUCGUCUUCCUUCGCUCUUCCUCAGCUUUUCACUCCCUUCACCGACUCGACGACCCACAUGUCUCGUCGGGCCUCUACUCAGCCGAUGAUCGAUCGACCCGAAGCAGCUACCGCUCCCCCUGCCGCCACCGACCGUACCACCGCCGCCGCCCUCGUCGCCUUCCACCGCGAACUCGUCGCCUACUACUGGCACUACGCCCAGCAAGGCUACGUUGCGCCGUUGACGGCUCCGCAAGGGACAGAAGAGCAUCAGCGGCAGGUCGCAGCCCGCACGGAGGCAGUCCAGUGGGCGCGGCAAUGCGGGAUCGUGGUGGUCGAGCCGUCGGUCCCUCAGGCGGGCAUGAGAAACGAAAGUCUCAGCAGGACGCCAGGCCUGCAGGCUGAAGGUCGAAGCCAGGGGACCGCCUCGCGACCCCUAACGCCUGCUCUUUCCGUCUCUGCACCGUCUCUACACCAAUCAUCGGCGCCCGCCCCGCUUCCAGCGCGGUCGACUGUCGAUGAAACCUCGCAACCAGCUCCCCUCACUUCCACCGCGCCUCAUGCUUCGUUAGCCCGAUCCGCCUCUCUCCCUCCAUCAACCGCGCCUCUCCCGCCAGCGCCAUCAUCGCAAGCGACACUCGACUUUGCCGUCCGCGACACCACAACAAUUCCAACAGCUCGAGCAUUGUACGAGGCACGAGCUUCCGCAUCAAGCGCCCCUCUGCCGUCUUCAUCGGCGGCGAAGCGUCCGCUUCCGCUUCCUCCGCUGUCGUCCGCAACCACGAAUUUGCCAAAGCUGCCGCGCACGACCGAUGUGACGGAGCGCUUGGCCGAUUUGUCGUUGAAUGCGGGACCGAAAGCAGUGGAGGAGACGAGCUUCGCGCCGGCUGUCCCUUCGUUCUCCUUCGACGGACCAGACGAAGACGAGGAGCGAAGCCCGCCACCCGCCAAGCCGCCGAUACCUUCUUUCUCUUUCGGACAAGAUGACGGCGAAACGACCUCUGGCCCUGCCAUUCCCUCCUUCUCUUUCGCCGACGAGGACGGUCCCGCUAAACCUCCGCAACAAUCCAACACGCGACCCCGCCCACCACCGCUUCACCCUCGCUAUGACCCGUCCCAUCCUUCGCACGCCCUCUAUCACCCUACCUCGGGCGGCCACGCAAUUCCCGAAGCCGGCACGAUCGUCUGUACCGCCUGUCAUCAACCCAUCUUCGGCCGCGUCCUCGUCGCGCUCGCUCGCCAGUGGCAUCCUGACUGCUUUCGAUGUGCGGAGGAAGGAUGCGGAGCGCGACUGGAGGUCAUGGAGUUCGAAGGGACGCCGGAGGAUUGGGAGAACGAUGCGGCGUCGAGCGAAGGUGACGACGACGAAGGGGAAGGCGAGAGGAAGGGAAGCUUGGAGGGCAGAGCUUGGUGCAUGGUUCACUUCGAGGAACGCUUCGCUCUUGAAUGCCAUCACUGCCGGACGCCUAUCGCUUCUGCCGACUACGUUCCCGUCUCCGAUCCGUCCCUCCCCCCGCGAUCCGACUAUCGCCAUCCUUCUACACGCUACUACCACCCUCUCCACUUCUUCUGCGCCGGUUGCGGCGACCCUUUCAUCGAUCCUGUCGCGUACGAAUCCCGCUCCGCCACGUCUCCGCCUGUCGAAGCGCGAUCUUAUGUACCGCGCGAAGGACACCCAUACUGUGUUAACUGCGACUUGCGAAUGUGGCGACCGAGGUGUCCCGGCUGCCAGAAAGGAUUGAGGGAGGAAGACGGGUUCCUCGAGGUGGAAGGCGCCGGCCGAUGGCACGAAGGGUGCUUCAAGUGCUCGCGGUGUGCGAAGCCUCUCACCGGUGUCUAUCUCCUGCGCCGUUCGCCCGCCAGCGGCGACACUCACACCGACGACGACCCGGUGCAAGAGCUGCCGCACUGUGCGGAGUGCUACGAUAUCCGAGCGAAGGAGCAGGCGGAAGCAGCGGUGCUUCAGCGGUAG